CAUUCAACCUCGUGUAUUAAGUCACUCCAUCCAAGCAGCGACGUCGUGAGCCCAGAACAGCUCUUCUGAACAUUCAAGUCGCCACUUGCUAAAUCUUACCCAAAGAUGUAUUUUCUCCUUUUCACAGUAUUCUCCAUAUUCAUAGUGCGUAAUGUUGACGCUUGGGGAGCAAGUGUCAAGUACGCGGUGAACUGCCCUGAGCGGUGCAAUGUGGACCUGUGCGGCUUGACGCAGCGCUGCAGACGGACAGUGCUGGAUGACUGCGGUUGUUGCCAGGUCUGUGCGGCAGACAGAGGGGAACAUUGCUAUCGCACUGUGUCUGGGAUGCACGGAGUCAAGUGCGGACCGGGAUUAUUCUGCGAGUUCUACAAAGAUGAGGACGACUAUGGAGAUGAAUAUGGCAUUUGCAAAGAUUGCAUGUAUGGAACCUAUGGGGUAGGGUGUGGUAAAACAUGCCAUUGCAAAGCUGGAGGUAUCUGUGACAGAGAGACAGGAGCCUGCCUCACCUUCAAAUUCUUCACCAAAAUCGCCAGCAAGCUGAAGACACAGCAUCCCAAUGCAGGAGGUGAGAUUGGUUCAGGAGAUGACAGCACCAGUCUGAAUGGGGAAAGAUCCACUGCUCCAAAGUGGUUAACACCUCGCUGACACUCAUUAUCAAGACUUAGUUUAUUCUGUGUAAAUGUAGAAAGCAUAGUAGUAAAUUAAAUGAUUGAAGGAUAUAUUUUAUUAUGUAUUAUUAAGAAAACACAUUUUCUACAAGAUGAUUGAAUGUUUUGAACAUCUCUAUUGUGCUGUUUCUAUUUUAUAUCAGUGCACCAUCAUGUCAUAAGAGUUGUGUUGUACCAAACAAAGGGAGGUCAAAUGUACCAAAGUUAAAAUAUAUGUUUAUUCUACUUUUAUACAAAGUAUGAAUACAUCUAGAAUGUCUUUGAUGACCUCUAUGGUGAGUUAACGUUUUAGCAAUGCUGCAUUCACUGCUCCAUAAUUGAGAUUAUUUGGUUCAAUCAAAUUAUGUGAAAUUGUUGUGCUGAUAUGAUAUGACCCCCCCCCCCAGGGAUAUAAAAUAAUAAAUAAUAUAUUGUCUCAUCCUUUUCUUCUACAAGUGUCUACUGUGAUCGGCGCUUUUAAUUGUUUGUUUGUUUGAUUGAGAAUCUCUUAUUUUUCUUUCACCUGUGACCACAUGGAACAAUAUAUAUGUCAUAUGUCAUGUCAUAUCACCUGCUCAUGUACAGUAUGGUCUUACAAAUAAACCAAAGUUGACCUGGAAAAAAA